AUUUUUUUCUGUUAGUUUUUGAGGGUGGAGUUUAAGAAAACCCUUCCUGGUUUGCAUCAGUAAGUUUGCCCGGCCCUUUGCCUGGGGAAAGGGAGCCAUUUUAGAUUGGAGUUAUUACCACCAAGGAAUCUUGGAAGCAAGAUGUGUCUGCAGUCGGUCUCAGCGAGACCCAGGCUUGGACAAGCCAUUUCAAGCCAAUACUAACUACUAUUCUGGGAACUCAUGCGGCUAUACUGACCUACUGCUGGUUAGUAUAGUAGCAGCCUGUGGAGUUUUCAGUGCUAGGCCUCAAUAGGCGAGGCCUGCUCUCUCAGCUUCCGGCCUGACCACCUUUGGCACUGGGUGUCCCAGAGCCCCCUCUGCCAGAGAAAGUGAGCAAGGGAAGCUUUCAUCGGGCCUUCAUCUCCAGAAUCCUCCACGAGCAGCAGCUUCAAGAACAACCUUCAAACUUUAACUUGCAAGUGGCCAGCUGCAAGGCUAACAGAACCUUUUUAAAAUGCUCACUAUCUUGGAAGUCUCCAAAGGUCUGGGUCAGCUUGAAGCUUACAUUCGUGUAGAGGAAGGAGUGGCUUUCCAGAUGGACAACUAUUUGUUCUGGGAUUCUCUGCCUCACGCUGCCAUUGAGGGAACAUCUGAAAAGAAGGAGUCAAGCAAAUUUCAAGUCAUCCGUGCAUCACUUGGAAAAGUUAUGUUGAGAAACUGGAAGGGCAUCUGCUUGGCCCCAGUGGAAGUAGGAACAGAUCUCAAAACCUUCCCUGUCCUACCUGUCCAGUAUUCAGAAGAUCCUUCUCUGCAAUUUGAUGUGUUCCACCAAGGCAAUAAAAUAGCUUUUCAGGCCUCUAAUGGCCUCUUCUUGGCAAGAAUAUAUAGAAAAUCCCAUGUGCUAGAAGCAGCCACAUUUCCUCCUGAUGAUACAUGCCUUUUCCGGCCUCUGAUAGGAGAUCUUCUUCUCCCUACUAUUGAAAUACUGUCUGUGAACUUCAAAGACUUCUCACAAAUGAAAUGUCGCCGCCAUCUCUUGCACAGACAGACCUAUGUCAACCAGAGUAAGGCACCCAUUCAACACACUUUCACCAUGGACUGGGAUACUCACUGUACUGACAGAGUAAUCUGGAACCAUCUAUGGGGCCUUGGUUUGCCCUCUUCAUGUUCUUUUACUGUUGAGGAUGUGACACCCACUGUGAAGUACACAGAGGACAAUGAGUAUGUUGUCUCUGUGAGCAGGCACAUUUCUGAGAAAGUAACUAAAGAAGUGAUAGUGCCUCCCAGGUCCAAAGCCACAGCUAACCUUUGGGUAAAAAAGGACAAUGAUGCUGCUUUGCCGUUCACAGCCUUCAUUGGAAAAGUGAAACCUGGUGGGGAUGUGAUAUCCUUCAAUGAAGGUGGGGUCUGGACUGGUCUUGUCUAUCGUGAUCUCCACAUAGAGGUCACUCAGGAGAGACUUCACAAAUUGUGCACAAUUAUGUGAAACUACAGAAUACUGGUGGCCUUUCAAAGGACGUUGUGUACCAGUAUUUCAAUGACUCACUCCUGGUGGAAUGGCACUGUUAAUACUCUCCCUUAUCUUGAUCUGCCCACCCUCUUUCAGGACUGGGUUGCUCUGAGGACUGAGUCCUUUUAAGUUAAGAAGGACAAAUAUGUAAUACUUCCAACAAAACGUCCUUUCCACCUUUCAGGUGCCUGAAGCCCAAUACACGAUGGCUAUUUUUUUAUGGCUACCUUUUUAUAGUAAGAUGGCAAGCACUCGUCACCUUGAAGCACAGUCAAGAGAACAUAAAUAAAAUGGUGAAGUCUUU